GUCGGCCAAGGAUUUGGGAGAGAUGAGGAAAGUGAGGGGGGCGUGGCUGAAAAGUGCAGGCCAAUAGUAAACCGUAGCGAAUUGAACGAGAGCGGUCACGCCACCCAAUAGGCAAAGCACCAAGGACGAGCGUGCUCGGGUUCCUCCUCCCCUUGUCAUUUUUAGCGUCUGCGCAGAGCAGCUUCUUCUCGCCGUCUGUACGCUAAUCCCAUCUUGUGUUAGUGAUCAAGCAGGCAACGCAGCCUCUCGGAGAACGGUGGGAGGAAGGGAGAGAGAGUGACGGGAUCGCGGGAAGAGGAGGAGGGGGGGAAGAACUCUCCUCGCUCGUUGCCGGGCCAUGACGGCGAACGAGGAUCAGGAGAUGGAGCUAGAAGCAUUGCGUUCCAUUUAUGAAGGCGAUGAGUGUUUUAGGGAACUUAGCCCUGUUUCAUUUCAGUAUAGGGUAAAAAUGGAGAUCCGAAAGCCUUCUUAAUAGAAAUAUCAUGGCCAGACACAUACCCCCAAACAGCUCCAGUCAUAUCUAUGGAUGCAUUUUUCAACAACGCCAUUUCCUCAGCCAUAAAGCAAAGUAUAAUGGAUAAAUUAAUGGAAGAAGUUGAAGUUAACCUUGGAACCUCCAUGACUUACACAAUUUUUGAAUAUGCCAAAGAUAAUAAAGAGUUGUUCAUGGAGAACCAACCUGUUAAUACUGUGACAGCAUUGAACAAUUGCAUCUCAACUGGUCAUUCUGAUGCAGUCCAACCGAGUAAAAAAAAAGAGAAAAAGGAACAAUUGUCCAAAACACAAAAACGAAAAUUAGCAGAUAAAACAGAUCACAAAGGAGAGCUUCCACGUGGAUGGAAUUGGGUUGAUGUAAUCAAGGUAACAUGGUUAACCAAGGAAAACUUUAUGCAUACAUCUUCAGCAGAGAUUGGUAGUGUCUAAUCAUUGUCUCUCUCUUUCUCUCUCCUCUUAUAUUAUUUUGGGCCUGAAUGACAUUUGGAUUCUCUUAUUAAACUAGCAUCUAAGCAAAACGGGGUCAAAGGAUGAUGAAUAAGAGGACUUUGAUACAAGAAAUGCCAACUUUUAUUACAGCGCAACCUGGAGUCAACUACCUUUCUGUAAUUUUUUUCACUUGCAUUUUAUAAAGUAACAAAUCCUGACAAAUUUAAAUGUGAAAAUGUACUCAUCAAGGUGGACUUCUUCUCUUGAUAUUCAUCAUUUUCUUCACAUCUCAUUUGCCUUUUAAGGAAGAUAUCCUGGAGGUGGUACAGUUAUUUUUGCAUUUCAACUGUCAUAACCCUGAGAGUAGUGAUAUGUAAUUUUAGUUAUUUCACUCUGUACUAAAAGAAUCAUGAAAAUCUGAUAGUGAAUUGCUCUAACAUGUAGAGAUCAUAUGAGAACAUAAUUUAUUUAGAACCCUUACUCACUUUUUUAAAAGUCCAGACCUUUAAAAAGUAACAUAUCCUCAGGUUUGCUUAAGAUAGUGACAUUAUCUUAUUCUGCAUUGCAUUCUUUUACAAUUACUUUAAUGUAAUUGCAAAUACCAGUUAUUACUCAUGCAGCACUUGGACUAAAAUAUACAAAUGUGGGAGUAUUACACCAGGCUAAAAUAUUGAAUGUGAUCUUUAAAAAGAAAAAGAAAAGGUUUAAAGCCUUAACCUAUAAUCUCAUUCUGUCAUGGCUUCACCAGUAUAACAUAAUCACAAUGUGGUAUACUCUUAACAGCAAAAGAGAAAACAAAAAAGUUCUCACAAUUGUUUCAGUCUAUUUAAAGUUAGUAACUCCCUUCAAUAAAAAUUAAUAGAAUUUUUUUUUUUUUUGUAACGGACAUUACUAUGAUUGUGUGAACCUAUGUUAAGGCAAGAACCUCCGAUUCAUCUUGGGCCACAAACCGACAUCAGUAAUCUUGGUAUGGGUCCACACAAUCACACCAACGUUGGUUACAGACUUUAAACUUAGAUUAAAUGAUUGUGUGAACCAGGCCAGUGCCUGUAGAACUUAGUGAUAACAUAGCAACACUGUCAUCUAUUCCUAUGGCUUCCAUGGCGACUCCAUCACCACCCAUCAACCACAACAUUGCACAGCAAUGGUACUCAAAGACAGAAUGCUUCAGUGAUGUAAUGAAAUCCAGUAUGCAUACUGUCCCAUGCCAAAUCAUUUGUGGAGACUACAGUACCAUCCCUGCACAAGUCUUAUGGUAUAGUGGCUAGAAGUGCAGCAAUGGAAAGCUGCAGGCACAAGCCCUAGGCUUUACCUCAGAGGGGAUUGAAUCACUUGCCAGCUCACAUAAACAGACACCCUAAAGUGAAGGAAGGAAGGAGUGCUAUUCCUCUGACGAUAGGCAGCCAUUCUCAUGGCCCAGUGAGCAAGGGGUGUGAAUGGAGAACCUAUCGGCCCUUUGGAGACGGGUUUGAGAUCUGCUAUACGAUCAGUGUUUGGACACAGACAUUUGUAUGGAUGUCUGAAAGGAAGAAUGUUUUGCAAAAGAGGGCCACAUUGAAAAAGAAGAGGGGAUGCUGUAACAGGGAACAUCACUGUAGACAACACACAGUGUUGGUUAGAGUGCUGGACUAGGACUGGGGAGACCUGAGUUCAAAUCCUCAUUCAGCCAUGAUACUUGCUGGGUGACUCUGGGCCAGUCACUUCUCUCUCAGCCUAACCUACUUCACAGGGUUGUUGUGAGGAGAAACUUGUAGUAUACUGCUCUGGGCUCCUUGAAAGAAGAGUGGGAUAUAAAAUGUAAAUAAAUAAAAUAAACAAGGACAGAGGAGACACCCACAAUGGGCCCGUUUUAGCUACCCAAGGGUAGCUAAAUAGCAUGCACUUUCCUCCCUCAAUUCUAUAUGGACCUAGCCAUGUAGACAGAUUGAGGGGGUCCCAUGUAGAGCUGUAGCUCAGGGGACCAGCACAGGCUUAGUACACAUAAGAGGUUCAAUAUUCAGCCAGUUUAUUGAGAUUUCCCAAGAGAAAAAGCUAGGAAAAUCUACAAACACACCUGAGACAGGGUAGUGCCAUAGUCAAUAGAAAUAAAUGGUUUGUAAUGCAAUGGUCCUAUUUAGGUAAUUGCCUGACUCAUUUAACUCACAAGAUGCCAUCAUUUUGCCAAACCUUCUUUAUCCCAGCCACACCUUCACCAUGUUCAUUUGGUUGAUUGCCAAUAGCUCCUGGUUAUUGUCCUAGCAGGCCUUCCCACACCACUCUCCUGCUUGGUUUAUUAUAUUAGUAAUAACCAGGGGAAAGCUGAAAGACAGUGAAUUGUCAGGGCCCACCCUUCCUAGUGCUCCAGUGACCAGACCGUUAGCUCAUCCUUUCAUCAUGAAGAUAGCUGAGCUUACUAACAAAUGGAGCAAGACAGGGAAUCUGCUACCUGAUAUGUGAACAAAAAUAGCUAAACAGUCAAAGGUUUUAGCAUCAGUUGUAAAAUGAGUUCUGAUAGCAUCAAAAAGUAACAGGAUUGCCAGCCUGAGAUCUGUGACUUUGAAAGCUGUGUUACAGGCAGAGAGGUUCAGCAGCUGCACCACAUCUGUCAGUCACUGUUGGGAGGCACAAGAGUCCUGCAAACACAAAAAGGUGAGAGUCCCAUAGAGAAAAAGAUGAAAUCCCACUAGUCACAGCUGGUGGUGACAUAGCUGUUGGCCUUGUGUGAUUAUGGAGGAAACAUCCUUGACUCCAGAUCUGUUGGAGGGUUGCUUGUGUAGAGCUAAAACAUGAAUACAGUAACAAAUAGCUGCUGCAACAGAUAGGUAUUGUGACUAGAUGCUCAGUUGAGUGUGCCAUUCCCCAGUUGCUCUGCAAAUAUCCAUUCCUUAGCGCCAUUCCUCCAUUGGUGAUUUUCCAGAUAGCCAAGGUUUUUGGUUCAUCUGUUGAUCAUUAAGACAAUAUUCACUCUUCCCUUAUAGAGAACUGCAAAUAAACCCUCCAGUUACUAUGUGGCCUGCUCUAUACUCUGGUUAUCAUUCUGCAAGGAAGAAAAAUCAUGAGGCAGUACCUAGUGUUCACCCAAAACAUGGCUGUCCUUUCUGCUAUCUUCAGUGGUGCAUGAUGGGAGCUUAACGGGGUGUGUGGUUGGUGGCCAAUAGGCCCCCUGAUCUGUAGAGUGCAUACUUGGGAAGAGGAUGAAUCAUUUGAGAUUCACCAUUGAUGGCAAUAGAAGUGUUUUUACUGAUGUUACCUUUGUUGCUGGUGUAACUAUACCACUGCCUGAGUUAUUCCUGAUCUCUGGAUGAGCACAGAAUUCCAACUAAGACUCAUUCCUCCACAGCUCCCCUCCCCCACAUUUUUUGUGCCGGUGUAGUUGUUUCAUUGGCCUAAUCACACAGGCACAACAGUAAAAAGAGCCCCUGGUGGCGCAGUGGUAAAACUGCCGCCCUGUAACCAGAAGGUUACAAGUUCGAUCCUGACCAGGGGCUCAAGGUUGACUCAGCCUUCCAUCCUUCCGAGGUCGGUAAAAUGAGUACCCAGAAUGUUGGGGGCAAUAUGCUAAAUCAUUGUAAACCGCUUAGAGAACUCCGGCUAUAAAGCGGUAUAUAAAUGUAAGUGCUAUUGCUAUUGCUAAUGUUUCACUGGGAUAAAUCCACUAUAUACCUGCUUAUCUUUAGGCUCUGCCACACAGAAGGAUUAAGAGCAAUCCUAUCCUUGCCCAGUGGUCAUUACUCGGUUAAAAUUUUCUUAAAAAAUUUUGUUUCUGACUCUUUCAUACCUUCAUAGAUCUGUGAUCUAAUUGGGCAGUUGGACAACUGCUUCAUACAUACAAACCUACAAAAGAUCUUGCUAGGACUAUUCACACAUUGAGGCCAAGUAAGUAAAUAAAGCCAAGCUCAAUCUUGGCUAGAAAGUAAAAACCGCCGGGAUCACGCUCAAUCCCGGAGGCACUUCAGCAACAAACCUGCUUAGGGAGCCCACCUCUUAAACGAGGUUAAGGGAGCAAGUGCUCCCUUAGCUCUGUGUUUGGAUAGUGUACAGUGCCGGCUGCUUUCAGCUGACACUGCAGCACUGAUGAGCGCCCACCCAUCACUGGGGGUAUCCCCACAAUGCACUGUGCACUUGGAUGGUGCAUUGUGGGAAUUCUGGGGACUGGGACAUGUCCUGACCCCUGCACCUCUGGGGGAAGCAACAGAGCAUCUGGGUGCACAGGAUCGGACACCCUGACCCCGGACCCAGCAGCCAGAUCAUCUGCGGGGAAGGCAAGCUUCUGCUGCCUUCCCCGCCACCACCCUGAAGCCCUCUCACGUGAUUGUGAGGAAGGGCUCAUUAAGUUCCACACUUGUACAAUCUGUGCAUAGUGUACAGAGUACAGAUCUGUACACAGAUUAUGCCAUUUUGAACACAGGUACAGCAGUACACUUUCUGCACCCAGGUUUCACUUUUAAAAUGAAUGCAGGUACAGUCACACAAAAACAUGUAUGAGUGUACAGACAUCUGAACACAGAUGCAACAUAAUGUCUAAAUAGGACUACUGUGUGCAAAGAAAAAGAUUUAAAAAACAAGGUGGAGCUAGAAAUUUGCUUUAUGCACGUGUAGAUCAGCACUGGGUAUGGCUACAACCAGCUAAACUGACCUGCCCAUGUGGAAGUAAGUGCAUAUCACUAAGGAUAGGAUGCACUUGUGGAUGCAUCACCAUCCAGCACAAUCUACAUCACCCCUGCAUAAUAUAGAUGAAGAUGCAUAUUCCAGUCUGUGUCUCAGUAAAAAUGGAAACACAUUGCCCCAUAUACUGACUGGGAGCCACUGUGCCUUGAAGGCUAUUGGAGUCUUAUCCUUAUACAAGACAUUAUUGUUCUCAUUCACUCAGCCACACUAGUGGAGCCUUACUUGUAAUUAAACUUUUACUCUGUAAUUAGAAGAUACCUUUAAAAAAUAGAUGGGUAAUGAGAACACUUGUCAGGCAGUUAACUUAGAUGCCACAUAAUUCUAAGAGUAUAAAGAUCUGUGGUGAAGAACUGAAUUGCACCAAUCUAAUUUCUCUGUAGAAAAUGAUAUAUAUAAAAUCAUUCAUAUACACACACACACACACACACACACAUAUAUAUAUAUAUAUAAUAAUAUAUGAAAUUAAUUAUUUUGAAGUUGGUUGGUAUAAAUUAAAGUCAUAUUUCCCAGUGACCUACAGCUACAAAAUUUUGCUUACACAAUCCUGUCACUGAAAUUAUCUGAAUGCACAACACUUUACUCCAGAAUAUGCUCAGUGUGUGUGUGGGGGGGGGAUUGUAGUUUUUUGGAAGAAAUUCUGAAUAUCAUACUUCCCAGUUACCUUCAGAUACCAAAUUCUGCAUGAACAAUCCUGCUACCUAAGUUAGUUGAAUGCACUACUUUUUUCAUCAGAAUAUGCUGGGGCGACAGGUUUAAAUGAUUUUCUUUUAAAGAAGACAUUCUGAAUAAAAUCAUAUUUUAACUGUUACUAUUCUCAACAGAUUUUUAAUACUAAAUAAUGUUGGUCAAUAAUUCCAAAAUGACAUCAUGCCCAAAAGAAGAUCCUUCUCAGACUAGAAUUUACCAUGAUUCAAAUUUACCAUAUAUAGUAAUUAUUAAAUAAAACGAAUGUUUGAAGCUGAAAUCCUACCAAUCUUAAACUGUUCUUUUACUUUCCUCUUGCAAACACAUUAAUAAUAUUUUUAAUGACAUAUACAGAUGGCCCUUGAGUACUGGUUUUGCCAAUUCGUGAGCCAUCUCCCUGUAUACCAAAUUAGGUAUUGCAGGAAUGGGGUUAGUUUUGGUCAUUUGUGGUUUUCUACCACCACCAGCUCCAACUAAAUUGGUGUAGAGUUUAAAUUCCCACUCUCCCCACUUCUCAACUGGCAUGCAGGGGUGUGAGAGGCACAGGCUGCUGCAUUCACUCUCACCUCUCACAUCACUUAUUUAAACCUCCCAUGGGUCAGCUGAGAAGCGGGGCCAUUUAAACGUUAUACCCCCCUUCAUUUCUCAGCUGAUGCGCAGAGAGGUUUAAAGUUUAAAUAGUCACUCUCCAUGCUAAUCAGCUGAUAAACGGGAAGGUUUAAAGUUUAAAUCGUCAAUUCUCUUGCACAGGCUGCUCCAUCCACUCUUGCUGCAAGAAUGGAUUAUUUAGCUAAGAAACCUAACCCCAUUUGGGGGGUUAGGUCCAAUAUCAGUUUCCGCAAAUGUUAUCCCCGUGAAGUUAGAGGGCCUCCUUUUCACUUUUUAAACUUUAUAGCAGUGUAAUCUACACAAAAUGACUUUGCCCAAUCAACAAUGGGUCUUACCAAACUUACCUACUAGUUUCUAAUAAUUUUGUAUUUUUUCCUGUCAAAAGGAGCCACUGCACCAGCCUUGAGUAUUAGUCCUUCUCCAUUUAUUUCAGUUUAAGUCAUUUCCUGUCCUUGGAAAAACAAAUUGUCAAAUUUUAUUGUAUUUUUCAAUUAAUAAAAGGAUGGAAGUCACCAUUCCACCAAAUCGGUGGGUAAAAAUAACUUUAUAGAUGUGCUGUCAUGUAUCAGAGAGUUCUCUUUACUAUUUAACUAGUAAUAGAGCACCAGAUGCCUUAAUGCCAUCUGUUUGUUUUUUGUUUUGGGGAAGGGGGUUAAAUAAAUGUCUAUAUAUCUUC